CCUAAUUGGACUAUCAUACAAUAUGGAACUUCAUUAAUCACAAUAUAAGAUCAUCUUAGGAACAAGAAUUAAGGAUUACACAAUGUGAUGCAAUCCGGAUAACUUGCAAAUAAGGAAAGUGUGAUUAUACUCUUUGCAGGUUGAGGAAACCUAAUUCUAUGUGGACUAUAAUUAGUUUACUAAGACAUGAAGUAAAGUAUGUUUUGCAGAGGAGUUGAAUCCAUGAUUCACAAGGAAAUCUUUAUGGGAAGGUUUAGGAAUCAUCAACUCAUAUAUAAAGCAAGGUCCCUGUUCUCACAAUUAAUCAAGCAAUAUUGUCUACCCCAUUAUAGACUGCUAAAGCAUUGGAGAGAACAAAAGACUUGUGCUUUCGGCAUUGCGAUGGCUUCUACAUCAUCAGUUAUGAGUCAGAUGACAAAAAUUGAAACACUUACUGGUAGCAACUUUAAGAAGUGGAAAGAAGAUGUAGAAAUAGCUCUAGGACUUAUGGACAUUGACUUGCCACUUAGAGUUCCCGAACCACCAAAAAUUACUGAUACUAGCACCAGACUUGAAAAGGAUAAAGCUGAAAAAUGGGAGAGCAACAAUAGGAUGUCCAUCAAGAUUAUGCAGAGGGCAAUGACUGAUACAGUAAGGGGAGGGAUUCCUGUUUGUGAGAGAGCCGCAGAUUUUUUAGCAGCCAUAGAAGAAAAAUUUAAGGAAAGUGAUAAAGCUGAAAUAACAAAUCUCAUGAAUACCCUUUCGACUAUGAAGUAUGAUGGUAAUGGAAGUGUUAGGGAGCACUGUUUGAAGAUGAUUGAUAUUGCAACUAAGCUGAAAACUCUAGAAGUUCCUGUAGCAGAUCCAUGGCUAGUUUAUUUAGCUCUUUCUUCUCUACCUCCUCAGUUUAGUCAACUAGUCACAACCUACAACACUCAGAGAGAUAAGUGGACGAUUAAUGAACUCAUAUCCAUUUGUGUGCAAGAAGAGGAUAGGAUUAAGAAGGAGAAAGGCAAAGUUGUUGCCACAGUGAACUUGGUGACAAAAGGGCAGUCAAAGAACUAUGGGGUUAAGAAGCCUACAUUCAAAAAUUUCUCUAAGGGUUCAUCUUCUGCUGGAGGAUCUCACUUUUCUAAAGAUAACAAAACUUCCAACUCAAAUGUUUUCAAAUGCUUUUUCUGUGACAAAGUCUGGCAUCUAAAGAGGAACUGUCACAAAUACAGAAAUUGGUUGACAAAAAAGGGGAUUCAUAAAAAGGAGAACACCAAAUAAAGAAGAACAAAACUUGUUCGUAGGGAAUGGAAUGAAGGUUGCAGUAGAGGCCAUAGGAGUUGUUAGGCUUUUGUUAGGAUCUGGUUUUUUGUUAGAAUUGGAUAAUGUUUUCUAUGUACCUUCCAUGAGAAGGAAUUUAAUUUCUUGUUCUCAACUUGUUGACAAUGAUUUCAGUUUUUUCAUUAAUAAAAUUGAGUGGAAAUUAUUUUAUGAUAAUUCUGCUGUUGGCAAUGCUUUUCGAUUUAAUGGCUUGUGGCAAUUGGAAUGUUCAUAUCCAAAUGAGUCUUUUCUUGUUGAAUCUGCUGGUGUCAAAAGAAAUUUAAUCAAUGAAAAAUCUUCUACUCUUUGGCAUAAAAGAUUAGGACAUAUUUCUAAAGAAAGAAU